AUGAAAGUACUUAUUAUUUGUACCGUGAUUGUAGGUGCAUUACUGAAUAUAGUUUGUUGCGAACAAUAUCUGAUAACGUUGAACUCAAACGAUGAAAGUGCAUUGGAGAAAUUCAUAAAUACCACGACAACUUCAUUAAAAGAUUAUAUUGGAUCUAGAAUGGGUAGAACUUUGAAAAUCGGGAAGUUUAAAGGUAUUACAAUGAAUAUUGCACAUAACAAGAAGCAGAAAAUUAUGGAAAAAUUGAAACAGAAUCCAUUGGUAGCAGAUAUUGUGCCAAAUAUCUUAUUCAAAGCUUUUGAAAAUGAUGAAUUGAAUAAUGAGCAAACGCAGGAAUAUGUUUCCCACGUUGUUCAAUCAGAAGCUCCAAGGCAUCUGGCAAGGAUCUCGAGACGUGACAAAUUACCUUACGAUUUUACCAAUGUGAGUAGCUAUAAGAAAAGCUUUAAUUAUUAUUACGGUAAAGAGCACAAGGGAGCAGAUGUUAGGGCAUAUAUCCUGGAUAGUGGCGUAUCGAGAAAUUUGACUGAUUUUGAAGGUAGGGUUGAAUUUGGAUUCGAUUUUACCGGCGACGGUGAAGGUGAUUCUAAUGGACAUGGUACUCAUGUAGCAGGGUUGGUUGGUUCAAAGACGUACGGUGUUGCAAAGGGAGUAACUAUGGUUGAUGUAAAAUGUUUGGAUGAAAUUGGGUUUGGCACUUUGAUUACUGUCCUAAGUGCCAUUGAAUUUGCUGUCAAUGAUUGUCAUGAGCAUCCCGAAAAACGAUGUGUUGCUAAUUUAAGUCUUGGUUCUUUUAAAAAUGCUAUAAUCAACAAGGCAAUCCAAGCAGCCACGGAAGAUGGUGUGGUGAUGGUUGUUGCUGCUGGUAAUUUCAACAUAAAUGCGUGUUGGACAAGCCCCGCUUCAGCAGAAGAAGCAAUAACCGUUGGAGCAUUUGAUGAUAGAAUUGAUACAAUAGCUAAAUUUAGUAACUGGGGACCUUGUGUAGAUAUCUACGCACCAGGAGUUGCAGUUGAAUCGCUAGCCAAUUUCCCCAUGGUUAAAAAUAUUUCAUAUUCCGGAACAUCAAUGGCAUCACCAAUAGUUUGUGGGCAGGUUGCCAUAUUAUUAGAUAAAGGAAUACCAAACGAUGAUAUUAAGAGUACACUGAUCAAGAUGGCCACUGAUGACGUUUUCCAGAAAAGAACUUUACUAUUUAAACCAAAUACACCUAAUAGAGUAUUAUUUAAUGGAAUUGAAAAGGAAGAUGACCAAUAUAAAGAGUAUAUUUAUCCACAGGUAGAUCUCGACAUCUUGGUGGAAGAAUUAAAUAAUUAUUCCAUUAAGAAGGAUCACGGUGUAUCAAGACGUAUUUUGAAUCUGAAUAAUGAUGUUUCACUCCCGGUCAAGAACCUUAGUAUCCGGAAAAGACACAUGGAGCUAACAAAACGUAUAUAA